CUAAGUUUUAAGUUAUUUCAGAGACCAUGGUUAAACAAAAACGUAAAGCCCAACCGACAACUGCUGGCCGACGACCCGCCGCUCCUGUGAAUGAUUCCGAUGGCUCGGAUUAUGAGGUCGAGUGGCAACUGAAGCCAACGCCUGCCAAACUGACCAAAGCCGAAGCAUUCCCGCUGCCUGCGAAAGUUGAGCGAAAUCUUAAACGAGUGGCUCGCGGUGCACAACCCGAUUCGUCCUCGGAGGAGAGUGACGACGACGAUGUUCCGGGUGGCAGCAAAAAAUUACCUACUUUGACCACCGCACAAAUCGGCGCUAUUCUCGAGACAACGAAAAACAACAAACGAUUCGUACUGUUGGUGAAAAACCUAAGCUACACUACAUCGAAAGAGGAAAUCGAGGCCCACUUUGGUGAGGCCGGCAACGUGAAGGGUGUGCGUAUACCGAAACGCCGAGGGCCACGAAUUGCCUUCGUAGAGAUGGUAGAUUCGGUUGGUUUUCAGAAAGCUUUCCUGCUGGAUGGAUCCAGCUUGGAUGGUAGAGAGAUUAACGUGAACCUCUCCGAGAGCGGCAAUAAAAAGUCACAAGCUCGCCUCUCGCUGCUCCAGAAGAAAAACGAAGAAAUUCGGAAGCUGCGCAAAAAGAACAGGCACAAUGUCAAGGCUACAGCGAUCUCGCUCAAACCGGAUCUAAACAGCUCGCAGCCGAAACCACCGCCGCCAAAAGAUAAAUUUCUGGACAAACCGCGAACGAAGUGGCUAACGAAGAAGGAAGUGAAAGGGCUCAAACGAGAUACGUCGUUAAAGGCGAAAUUUAAAAAUAUCUCACGCAAAGGUAUCAAAGCAUAA